AUGGUCGUAAGCCUUCCCGCGACGAUGUCAAGCAAGACGUCAAAAUUAGUGAGUAAAUUUCGUGUAGCAAUGACACUAAUCGUCAUGCUGAGCUUCGAAGCCACAAGGUACAAAGAGUACAAUACUAUCCGAGAGAGACUGUCGAAAAGACACAUUGCAAGUACGCCAUCGCAAAGAAAGCGCUCUUCUUCUGGGCUAGGUGAAACGCAGGACCCUUAUGAGACUCCAAGCAAACGUCAGAAACAGCUCCCAAGCUCCCACCCCGCAGCUGUUGAUCCAUAUGAUCCUCCAAUAUCAUUCCUGCUAAGCCCAAGUCAACAUCGCGCCUGUAUUGGUCCCACGCCGCAGAAAGACGGAAAAGUUCUUGGAAUGUUUGAUGCAUUUUCCACCACACCAGCGAGCAGGACCCAACCGAACAGACGAUCAUUAAGAGAUGCUAGCAACAACAUUCACGCGACACCAACGAAGAACUUGGCUCUUCAAAAGGCGUCACAAGAGGAUGAUCCAAUCAUGAAGGACAAGCUAGAUAUCCAAGUGACACCUUCAAUCCAAAGAAUCAUCAAGAGCAGUACGCCAAGCUCGCGGGGCAGUAUGCGAAAGCUUCGCUUUGACAAUACACCGGCCUUCCUCAGGAGGGACAGUCAAGCGGUCGCCGCGUCAGUACAGGGGCACAAUGAAGGAGAACAAAGCGCAUCAUGGAGCCCUGUUGCCACUCGCCAAAUUCGUAGACCACUGGGCCGAACUUUGAGCGCCAUAGUGAAAGAUUUGAGGGAUAUGGAAGACGAGAAGCUGGAUGAAGAUCUUGAGCUCAUGCGGGAGAUGGAAGGAGAGAUAUUUCCUACAGCCAUGCACAAGCCGACAAUAAAACCGAGUGUGCAGGUAGAAGAUAGUCAGCAGGUUGAAAUGCCUCUUGGUCCAGACCAGGGCCCGCUCACGGACGACGGUCUAGGCGCCGAGGUCGAAGGUCGUCAGGGUGAUGGACAGCGACAUAAAAAGGCUUGGAAGAAAAAGGGUCAGAAGCGGACGACUCGGAAGGUUGACAUCAGGCCUAACACUGCGAAAUGGAAACCUGAGCCAAAGUGGAAAGAUCAGGAAAGCGAUGAGGACGACACCUUACACAAGAGUGACGCCGACCACGAUGACCCGGAGUUGAGGGAUAGAGUUUAUGUGGCAUUGACUCGAUUCAAGCGAAUCCUGAAAAGAGUUCGCCUGCCUAUUCGGGAGCUGACUCAUACAUUGCACUUUCCCCCAGCGCAAGCAGAGCUAUAUGAUGGACCACGAGCAGAAUGGAUUCGUGAUCUGCUUGAGCAACUUCCCAACCUCCAGUCUCUUAUUGUCUCGCGCCUCCCCUUUUUCGAUCAUCCAGCUUUACUUGCCUUGGCUCGCCGCAACUCGGUGCUGUCCUCCGUCACGCUCCCUGGAGCAUCAAAUUUUCCGUUGCGGUUGCUCAUUGCUUCAAAUUGUCAGAACACCACAUCUCAGGGAUUAGCUGAAGCGCUCAAGCAUCUGCCGUUUGUCUCGUAUCUAGAUCUCUCCGGCACUUUAGCCGUGAGAGAUCGAUCGGUGCUCUCAAGCUUCUACAAGUUGCCGUUACUGCAAGUUCUCAAGCUGCGCAACGUCUAUCUCAGAGACAUUGACAUCGCGGUACUUACAGCUGCUGUAGAUGUACGCGUACGAAGUUUAGAUGUGCGGAACAAUCGGCUUACCGACUAUGCGGUCCAAUUUCUUCUACGAAAUUGUUUUUCCUCAGACCCUUCACCAUCAGAAGGGCCUAACGGCCGCAGGAACCAUCGGUCUGCAAGUCACAUUGAUCGAGCCUUGCUCUCAGAAUCGCCAUAUCAUGAUCCUGUGGUGCUCGAAGAAAUUCAAAGUGACGCUUACGAAGAGAACCUGGUGAGAAGGCUCACCAGCAACGUUGUCAGGCGACUCCCCUUCGAAGACAUGAAACACCCAGGGAUCACGCACCUACAAAUAGCAGACAAUGACUUAAGUGUGAACGGCAUUGCCGCUUUGGCUCGUACCAAGAGGCUGUGCGUUUUCAAUGCUGGCUCACUAAGUAGUCCGGCGGACGACCAAACCUCUCCGUCUAGAUUAUACAAUAUGCCCGAGAUCAUAUAUCGGGAUCACCGGCCGCGACUCAACCUGGCUAAGUUCACCCCUAUUUUGGAGCAAUAUUGUUCGGACAUGACUUCUAUACGUAUAGACUAUACUAGUGUGUCUGAACCCGCCAUUGAAGAAAAGGUCACGUCCGACGCCUUGCUGUUCGAGCUUGAGAGUCAAGACAAAUGCCCAGAGCUUGUCAAAGACAGAGAUUCCCUGCCAGAGCUGGAAGAUACUCAGCCUCCUCUAUAUGAGCUCCAAAGUACAGAGCUUGCACCUACGUAUGAAUUACUGGGUGAUAUUCCUGAGAAUUCGGCUCUAUCAAGUGACAAGAAAACUCAAGGUCUUGUCACAGAGACACCAGACAUCAGACGAGGUAGCGUCUUUGCACCCGAGGUUUUGGAAGGUCCUUCAACUAGCGUCCAUGAUGAGUCAACGGUGCUGAGUGCCACUGGCCUUUCCAUCAGUGCUCAGGAUGUUAAUGGCAUCUCCGGCGGUCUCGCAAAGAACAACCCUUUCAGAAGCAAUAACCCUUACCGAAACAGUGUCUCGAACCCAGCAAAAGACAGUCCAGUCUACCGUGUAGCAAUGCUUGAAAAGCAACGCCUGGAGUAUCGAAGUCGGGAUCCAACUACCCCCACGGCUCUUAUCCCAGGCAAGCUUCCCAACCUUCGUACCCUCAACCUCACCUCUGUCCCCUGCUACACCCCCACUCGCCGUCUCGUUGAUGCCCUCAUUACUUUCAUCAAAUCCUGUGCGUUCGAAGCCCACCUUUCCUCCCAGCAAGCCCAGCUGGAAACCUCUUCUCCUCGCCGCACAACGUCCGGCCAAAUCCGCCACAGCCAUACCCGGAAAAGGACUCAUUUCGCCUUACAGCGCAUCAUCCUUGAGAUGGCCCCGGAAGACGCCACGAGCGCAGCAUCCUACCUCUCCCCUCACAUAGUGAAGCCUUCCAAGUUCGCAAACAGGACUAAAUCGUCGACCGAAGACGCCGACAGCGAGGCUCUAUGGGAAGCAGCGGCGGGUGACUUCACUUUUUUCGACGAUGAUGAAGAGUGCGGCCUCCCUGCAGCAGAAACAACCAGUAAGCCUGCCAUAUCUCCGGCUCUCGGUGACGAGAAGUUCGUCGUUGUCAGCGGGGGGACAAAGCAGCUGGGUUACCUUCCCAUGAAAACGAUGCCGAAGCGGCGAGAGGAGGUCGUGGAUACAGUGAAGGAACUUGCGGCGUUUAGAAGGCAGAGGAAGGAGGUGUAUGAGCGGGCGGAGCGGGCGGCGAAGUGGAACGGGAAGGAUGUGGAGUUCGUGGAGGGAUAUUGGCCGGGGGAAAUUAAGAUUAUGAGAGGGAGUGCGGGCGUGGAGGAGGAUAGGAGGGGGAGUAUGACGGACUAUUCGGGAGGGUAUCUGGGGGGUGGGAGGUCUGGUUGCUCUUGA